CAUUUCUGCUAACGCCUCCAGCGACGAGGGAGGGGGGAGGAACCCCCCCACUGUCUACAUCUCCGCCAACCCCCCCAUGCAGGGGCCCCCGGGGGCCAGGAACAUAGGGGGCCAGAUGAGCAUGGGCCCCGCCUACAUCCACCACCACCCCCCUAAGUCCCGCGCCUCCAUGGGCGGGGGGGGCACGCCCGCCUCCCCCCGGGUGGUAGUCACCCAGCCCAACACCAAGUACACUUUCAAAAUCACUGUGUCCCCCAACAAGCCCCCUGCGGUGUCCCCCGGGGUGGUGUCCCCCACCUUCGAGCCCACCAACCUCCUCAGCCUCCCCUCCGACCACCACUUUGUGGAGGCCGAGCCCGAGCCCCUGGCCUCACACAGGGAGCGCCCCAGUGAGACACGCCGCCCCAGCACAGGCUCAGACGACGCCGCAUACACACAAGCCCUGCUAGUCCACCAGAAGGCUCGUAUGGAGAGGCUGUGGCACGAGCUGGAGUUGAAGAAGAAGAAACUGGAGAAGCUAAAAGAGGAAGUGAACGAGAUGGAGAACGACCUCACCAGGAGACGACUAGAACGCUCCAACUCUGUUUCUCAGAUCCCCUCUAUUGAGGAAAUGCAGCAGUUGCGAUGCAAAAACAGGAUACUGCAGAUCGACAUUGACUGCUUAACCAAAGAAAUCGAUCUCCUUCAAACACAAGGACCACACUUCAACCCCAAUGCUAACUUCUAUGACAACAUUGGCUUCCUAGGUCCUGUCCCACCCAAACCUAAAGAUCCAGAGGGCCAGGGCAGUGACAGGAGAGGGAGGAUGUUCAAUGUCACCUCCAAGCUCACCAUGGAGCCGUCCCCCGCCCCUCCCCCCGCCCCUACCCCCGCUCCUCCCCCUGCUCCCCCUCUGGACUCGAGCAGUAAGGGUGUAAGGACGGUAUCAGGCCAGGAGGAGGACGAGGGGACGCAUUGGAACUGCACGGCCUGCACCUUCCUCAACCACCCCGCCCUCAACCGCUGUGAACAGUGUGACUUCCCCCGGCACUUCUGAGCCCCACACGCCCUCCCUAUCUCCCUCCCUCUCUCCCUCCCUCUCUCCCUCCCUAUCUCCCUCCCUAUCUCCCUCCCUCUCUCCCU